GUAUUAAUUAUGAGAAAGUUUAUUUUAUUACACAAAUAACCAAAUAUGUUAAGAUUGUUUUUGUUUACCUUUUGCCUAUUUACAUUUUGGUUCAAAGCUGAAAUUCUGUUGGGGAAAAACAGAGGAGGGGCGCGCGGUUGUUUUUGAAAUUCAACAAAUUGGCAGUAUGUUCAUGGCGCCCUUCACCGCGCUAAACCCUAAAUCGGUUAUUCCCAUCCCCCACGAAAGCCAACAAACAAACACAAUAUCUCAGACACUAAAAAAAUCCAAUCUUACGGUGUAAAACAAUUUCUUCUACCUCUAAAUCAGUUGUUUGAAUGGCGAACGAAGAAAAUAAGGCGGCGCCCACCAACACCAGUAGGGCAUCCAAUAAGCGAGCGUUUGAUGAUACCUUAGCCGCUGCAUCCUCCAAUGGAAAUGAUCCACUACUGAAACGGGUCGUGUUGGGCGAGCUUACCAACUUGGAAUAUGUUGUUGGGUCGACCAAAACGAACACCCACAACUCCAAACACAAAAUCAAGUUGAAAAAAACUGCUCCUACUAAAAGGAAAAAAAUUGCUAUACAGAGUUUCAAGUCCGAUGCUGCUACUAAUUUUAGCCCUAAUGAUGACUUGCAGAAAUGUGCUUAUGCUCCUCUUAUAUAUCAGCAUCUUCACUCCUUGGAGGUUGAGGCAAGGAGGAGGCCUUUGUCUAACUACAUGGAGAAGGUUCAGAAUGAUGUGACUCCUACUAUGCGAAUGAUUUUAGUUGAUUGGUUAGUGGAGGUGGCAGACGAGUAUAAACUUGUUUCCGACACCCUUUAUCUCACAGUGACAUUCGUCGACAGAUUUUUGUCUUCUCACGUUAUGGCCAGGAAUAGUCUCCAGCUACUUGGUGUAUCUUGCAUGCUUGUUGCGUCAAAGUAUGAAGAGAUCAGUCCUCCUCAUGUUGAAGAUUUUUGUUAUAUUACAGACAAUACAUACACCGGAGAAGAGGUAGUGAACAUGGAGAGAGAUUUGCUCAAUUUUCUGAAUUUUGAGAUCAGUAAUCCCACCACAAAAACUUUUCUCAGAAUCUUCACCAAGGUUUCCCAAGAUAAUGUUGAUUUUCUAACGUUGCACUUUGAAUUCUUGGGCUGUUAUCUCGCGGAGCUGAGUUUGUUAGAUUACAGUUGCGUGCGAUUCUUGCCAUCAGCGGUUGCUGCUUCAGCUAUCUUUCUAUCAAGAUUUACACUCUUGCCUAAAGUCCACCCAUGGAACUUGGCACUACAACAUUGUACAGGUUAUAAGCCAUCUGAACUGAAGGAUUGUGUUCUUGUAAUCCAUGAGUUGCAAUCUGGUAGAAGGGCAGCAUCUGUGCAGGCAGUAAGAAAGAAAUACAUGGAUCACAAGUACAAGUGUGUGGCCGCAUUGCACCCUCCAGAUAUUCCUGCUUGUUUUUUUGAUGAUGCUUGAGGAAAACAAUCGAAUGAGAUGGUCAAGCCAAUUUUCAGCUUCCCCAAAGAUAAACAACCAAAGAAUAUCACUGUACUGGAUUUUGCUUGGAAGUACACCAAGCAUUCAUUUAAAUUUUCUCCAUAGCUGCUAACAGAUUUCAACUUAUCAUUGUUUUCCCUGGCGAGAGACUUGAGGAUUGCUUAGCUCCAGCAAUGAACACAAGGAUGUGAAACUCAUUAGCUUCUUUAAUGGUUUGGGAUAUGAUGUAUAGAUUGUGUUAGUGCAGAAUGAUCGUUCAUAAGCUGAUGUUGUUAUUUUUAUUUUUUAGAAAUGGGAAAUUUUGUAAAUUUUGUUAGUGUAAAUACAGGUGGAUACUGUUCAUUGCAGUAUCCUAGCUCAGAUAAAUAUCAACUCCGCUUCAGUCUCAAAUUAGUUUGAAGAUUGACUAUAUGAAUUCUUUGUGUA